AUUUACCGCCCCAAGAAACACACUAUUGGGGGGGAAAAACGAAUUUCCUGCCCUUUGAAGAGAGUCUCCUUUUAUUUCUAACUUCAAAAUAAUUUCGCAGUGUAAUUUGGCAGCGGCAGCAAUGGAGGAUUGCUCAUCAUCCCUUCCUCCGAACAAAGCAACAACUUCUGGUGCCGCAAAAUACCUAGCCGACCUCCCUUCUCGCGGCCUCUUUUCCUCCACCACUACUGUCGUCUCUUCUACUCCGGGUGGAAUGCGGGUAUAUGUCUGUGAUCAUGAAACAUCGCCUCCAGAGGAGCAGCUUAUUAAGACAAACCAGCAAAACAUAUUGAUUAGGUCUCUCAUGCUUAAGAAGCAGAGGGGUGAUUAUAGUUCAAAAGAUGGCAAGGGGAUUUCCUCAAAUGACAAUGGUAGAAAAAGGACUGCUGAAAAAGCAUUGGAUAGUAGGGCAUCAAGCAAGAAGGCUACUACCAGUAACCAAGUUGCCUCUUGCCAAGAAACUUCAAAAACUCGUACACCUGACAUACAAAAUAUGACUGUUGAGAGACUACGGAUUCUGUUAAAGGAGAAAGGUCUUUCACUGAGAGGAAGGAAGGAUGAACUAAUUGCACGGUUAAAGGACACAUGAAUAAGCAUAUUCCAAGAGUUUGAGGCAGCUAAUUCCAAAUUCCAUUUUGUACACCAUGCAGCUGUGUGAAGUAGGCCCUCGUGUAUGUAUUAUUUGUGUACUUUACAACUAAUUAAGAGUCAACUUUUGGCCUUACAACUCUUUGUGUGCAUUCGUGCGUUUCUGUGUUCUUGUUGUAUGCCAUAGCAUGUUGUUAAGUUGUGAGGGUGCACUAGAUGUAUGCGUUAAUAGCUACAUCAUAUAUCUGAUCUGUGAAAAAGUGCAUGUCAACGACUUCCAAAAUUUUCUACUCUUUGCAAAUUCGGUAUGAAACUGCUCUUUCAGAAUCUACACUCGUUAAUGUAUGAAUCUACUCUCAGCAUCCACUAAUAAUUUUUGAAUCUCUCA